CUCGACUAUAGCUCGACUAUAGCUAGCUACACUCGAGCCUACAAAGUAUCCCCUUAAAAUGGUUUUUUUUUUUUUUGAAAACAAAAAAUUCUCUUGGAGGAAAGACCUUGUAUUAUAUAUAGACACACGCUGACACACGUUAUAUGGGUAUUCACUAUUUCUUGUAGUUUUAUUUUGCUUUAGAAAAGAAUCCAUCCGUAUAUAUAGUCACGAGUACAAUACAGUGUCUUCCAUCAACUUUAGCUUCUCAUGACUGAUAAUGUGAGACGGGGAAUCAAUCUAGCAUAUAGAAACCAACAUUUUCACUGCUAUAGUUCGUUGGGAUUCACCAAACUAAACAGAAGCAGCAAAAUCCAAAGUAAUUAGCACGAAGGCAAAACAUAGGUCGUUGAUCACUUCCAUUUUUGAUCAAUUGUGAUUGAGUGUGAGAGUGAGUGAGUUGAGUGUGAGACCAGGAGAGUAACCUCAACUCUACACAUUGUCUCUUGAUGAAAGUCAGAGAUGGCAACAGCAGCAGUAGAACUUCGAGUGGGUUUCAGAUUCCACCCCACAGAAGAGGAGCUGGUCAAUUACUACCUCAACAACAAGAUACAAGGCCACGACUUUAACGACAUCAUCCCUGAAAUGGACAUCUGCAGCUACGAGCCUUGGGAUUUGCCCGGGUUUUCAUUGAUAAAGUCUGGUCAGGAGUGGUUCUACUUCAGUAAACCGGAUUACAAGUUCAGAAAUAACCGAAGCCGGGCCAACCGGGCCACCGAGAGAGGGUUUUGGAAGAUUACUGGGAAAGAGCGUGAGAUCAAAGCUCGAGAGUCCAAAGCUGUCGUUGGGAAGAAGAGGACUUUGACUUUCUAUAAAGGGAAAGUUCGGAGAGGCCAGAAGAACAAUUGGGUUAUCCAUGAGUAUUACAUACCUGAAACUUUGCUUCCUAAUGCUGCUAAGCAGAGGGACUUUGUUCUCUGUCGCUUGAAGAAAAAAGAUGAGAAUACUGAGAUUGGAGCCUGUGAUGAAGGUGAACCUAGGACUAACGAUCAAUCUGAUUUUGAAAAUCUACUAGCACUUGUUCAUACGGCGGGUGUUCCAGAGGAAAAUACUCGACCUGAAGAAAUUUUGGGUUCACUCUUUUCCUCACGGGCAUCACCUGAGUUGCCUCAAUCUGAUGAUUAUUUCUCCUCCAUGCUGAGAGGCAAUUUUUAGCAUGCAAAUGCUGGUAGUACUAUCCAUAUCGAGACGGAAGAUGAAACAGAGUUCUUGAAGUCAAUUUUCAUUGAUCAGGAUGAUUACUCCUUCGAAGAGGAAACACACACUACUCUCAACCAUUCCAGUGUGGAUAAAAGAAUUCUAGAAGCUGCACAGGGCAUUACUUUACCUGUUGCUUCAAGCCUGUCCGAACGAGAUAAAGAUGUUCUGCUUCUUAACCAGAUAUUUGGGAAGGAUGAUGCCUCUGUUAAUGUUGCAGUCAAUAAACAUCGGGAUAUUGACCGUGUUCAAUCAGUGACUGACGAAAUCGAGCAUGAACCAAGUCCCAUUUUGUUACAGGAGCCACAGGCUUCCUUUAGCCAUGAUGAACAUUCGAUUAAUUGUCUCACCUUAGUCACUGAUGAUGAAAGUUCUAUAAACAAAAGCAGGCGCAGGCACAGGCAGAGAUCUAAAACCAUAGUAUUAGCAAGCCUCCAGGGGAAGACUGAAACUGCGCAAUCAUUUGAUUAUGGGGAAGUGCUACAAGCACAUGAAAAACGUUAUGUUGAGGAUCAAGAUAUAGAAGGAGCUGGACAGGCCUUUAGUUUACCUGUUGCUUCAAGCAAUCUAGCCUAUCCGAACGAGACAAAGAUGUUGUGCUUCUUGACCGGUUAUUCGGGAAGGAUGAUGCCUCUGUUAAUGUUGCAGUCAAUAAACCUUGGGAUAUUGACCGUGUUCAAUCAGAGACUGACGAAAUCGAGCAUGAACCAAGUCCCAUUUUGUUACAGGAGGCACAGGGUGAUGGACCUAGGAUUAAUUGUAUCACCUUAGUCACUGAUGAAAGUUCUAUAAACAAAGGCAGGCGCAGGCAGACAUCUAUAAUCAGACAAACUGCACAAUCAUCCUUCUCAUGGCACAAGGGGAAGACUGAAACUGGGAAAUCAUUUGGUUAUAAGGAAGCGCUACAAGCACUUGUGACUGAUGAAAAACAUUAUGUUGAGGGUCAAGAUAUAGAAGCAGCUGGACAGAUAAGAAUUUACUCUCCAUUAGUUUUUGUAAAAAGAAUGCUCCAAUGGCAAUUGAACCGCAACAUAUGUAUAUGUAGGAGAAUAUCACAACAUGUUUAGGAAUUACUCUCCUUAACAAGCUUCAGUCUUGGGGUAAAAUCAAAUUUGGAGUUGUGCUGAGAGUUUGCACAGCUGAACCAUUCACAUAUUGCUAAACUUUUUCAUACUCCAGAUUUGGAAACUUGUUUAUAUCCUUGUGAAUUUAUUCUUCAGGCCUUCAGUUUACCUGUUGCUUCAAGCCUAUCUGGGAAGAGUGCCUUCUUGGUAAACACAGCAGCAAGUAGACCCCGAUCAAUGGGAUCAAAGAUACUUCCAACAAGUUUUCAAUCAGUCUCUGAGGAAACCAAGUAUCAACCAUGUCCUAGUUUCCCAGUGGAGCCACAGGGUUCUAAUAUGCCCUCGAGGACCUUAGCAACUGACGAAAGUUCUCUAUAUGAAAGCAGUCACUUUGGUUUCAUUCCAGAGUCCACAACUCUUCAUGCCACUGGUUCUAUGUUCGGGACUCAUAUGACCGGGCAAUGCAGUUAUGAAGAAACACAUAGUGGAUCAAAGAGUUCGUUCAUUGUGUGGAAGACAUCCCCAAUAAUCCAUAGAUCAUUUCCCCCAAUAGUGUACUUUUUUAACCUGAUCAGCGGUGCAUAUUGGCUCCAUAUUUUGGCUGGGGAAUUUGUUUCAAAUGGGAGGAAAAGUAUGAGUCUCAAACCUUUACUUAUCUUUCUCAAAGAGGUCGUAAUCCCAGUCUCAGUGGGAAUUUCUUGUCGCGAAAGAAAGCAUGGGUUUCUUUUUUCUCUUUUCUUUUGUUUCUGUUCUUAUUUUCUGGCCCAGCAAAAUGUGUUUUUAAGUUGGCUAGUACUUGCGGAAGCACAACAAUGUUUAGAGUUGGUGUACUAGAGAUUAACAUUAUUCCCUUCUACUGACAAUUUUUAAUCGUCAUUAUGAUAGUUACAUGUAUG